AUUGUAUUUUGGCGCCAGUUUCUGACCUCCCAACUAGUAAGCCCUCGCCACCGGAAAUCCAAAAUGCAGCGGCAGAAAUCCAUACUCUCCUUCCUCAAGAAACCAGAGGCCUCCGCCGGAGGCAAACCCACCGUUGCCGACGGAGAAAUCAGAGGAACCGACACUCCACCCGAGAAGGUGCCCCGUCGGAUAUUUUCGGACAGCCGGCCUUCUCUCUUCUCCAGCAUUAAGCACAAGUUCGCAAAAGUUGACAAUUCCACAAACUCUUCAUCUAACACCAGGUGUGAUGGGGAUGAAAAUUUUACUAUUCGGUCUCUUCCCCUUAGGUUUGAUGCAUCAGAGGAUUUAGGCAAUGGAUAUUUGGUCUCCAAGCAACCCAGUGACCAGCAUGUGUUAAGUUCCAGCAGAACAGUGUGUCCUGAAGGGGGCAAAGGUUCUUUGUUUCUAAAAACUUUGGAGGAUGACGUUCUUGGCCCAGAGACACCAGGCAUGAGACCACUUGUCCCUAGGUUAAAGCGAGUGCAAGAGGAUAUCUAUAAUCUUGAGGAGAAAGCUGAUUUUUCUUUGCAAGAUAAUAGGAAAAGAAUGAAACUUGAGCAGGCUUCUGAUGUUUCAAAGAAAAUUCAUGAUGAGGACUGUGAUACAGUUAGCAAGUUUGAAUGGUUACAUAAAUCCCGAAUCAAGGAUGCCAAUGGAAGAAAGCCAAUGGAUCCUCUUUAUGAUAAGAGGACACUUUACAUCCCUCCUGAGGCAUUGGGAAAGAUGUCAGCAUCUCAAAAGCAAUAUUGGGAUGUCAAACGCCAGUAUAUGGAUGUGAUUCUCUUCUUUAAAGUGGGAAAGUUCUAUGAGCUUUAUGAACUAGAUGCUGAAAUUGGUCAUAAGGAACUUGAUUGGAAAAUAACACAAAGUGGUGUGGGGAAGUGUCGACAGGUUGGUGUAUCUGAGAGUGGAAUUGACGAUGCUGCUCAGAAGUUGAUAGCUCGUGGGUACAAGGUUGGUCGAAUAGAACAGUUGGAGACAUCAGAGCAGGCGAAAUCCAGGGGCUCUACAUCUGUCAUUAGAAGAAAGUUGGUUCAUGUACAAACUCCUGCAACUACUACUGAGGGCAAUAUUGGACCUGAUGCAGUUCAUCUUCUUGCUAUAAAGGAGGGCGGCAUGCUGGAAGAUGGUUCCAUUCUUUUUGGGUUUGCAUUCGUUGAUUGUGCUGCAUUGAAAUUUUGGGUUGGUACUGUCAGGGAUGAUGCUUCUUAUGCAGCAUUGGGGGCUUUGUUAAUGCAGGUGUCUCCGAAGGAAAUUAUUUUUGAAGGACAAGGGCUGUCUAAAGAUGCUCAAAGAGCUCUCAAAAAGUUAAAUUUGACAGGAUCAAAUUCAUUCCAAUUGAAUGCAAGUGACACUUUUCGUGAUGCAUUUGAAAUUAGAAGUAUUAUUGAUGCGAAUAAGUACUUCAUUGGGUCUUCUGAUUCAUGGAACCGAGUUCUCGAUGGAGUUGUGCACUGUGAUCUUCCUUUGUGUGCACUAGGGGGGCUUAUUAGUCAUCUAUCAAGAUUGAUGUUAAAUGAUGUCAUCCGCAAUGGAGAUAUUUUUUCUUACGAAGUUUAUAAGGGUUUCCUUAGAAUGGAUGGUCAGACUCUGGUAAAUUUGGAGAUCUUUAAUAAUAAUGCUGAUGGUAGCCAAUCAGGCACUCUGUACAAGUAUCUUGAUAAUUGCAUGACUUCAUCUGGGAAGCGGCUCUUAAAGAACUGGAUAUGUCAUCCCCUUCAAGAUGUAGAUAAAAUAAACAAAAGGCUUGAUGUGGUUGAGAACAUGAUGGCAAAUUCAGAAGUUGUGUCACACAUUGCCCAAUUGCUUCGCAAGCUUCCAGAUGUGGAAAGGUUGCUUGGACGCGUAAAGUCCAGCUUUCAAUCUUCUUCUGUGCUUUCAUUGCCCUUACUUGGCAGCAAGUUACUGAAACAGCGACUAAAAGCUUUUGGAUCUCUUGUACGAGGACUGCGAAUCGGAAUAGAAAUGCUAAUGCUUUUGCAAAAGGAUGAAGUCAUGACUGCUUCAUUAUCAAAAGUUGUACCUGUUCCUGUGCUAAGUGGCAACAAGGGGCUUGAUGAAUACCUUUCUCAAUUUGAAGCAGCAAUAGAUAGCGAGUUCCCUAAUUACCAGGAUCAUAACGUGACAGACUCGGAGGCUGAAACAUUAACUAUUUUAAUCGAGUUAUUUGUCGAGAAGGCGGCUCGGUGGUCUCAAAUGAUACAUGCCAUAAACUGCAUUGAUGUAUUAAGAUCCUUUGCUAUGUCUGCGAUUUCCUCUUGUGGAGCGAUGUGCCGACCUAAAGUUUUGCCUCACUCCAACAUUGCUAACUCUUUCAUGGAGACACGAAGCCCCAUACUUCAUAUGAAAGGGCUAUGGCAUCCUUAUGCCCUUGGUGAGAAUGGGGGGCCACCUGUGCCCAAUGAUAUUCUUCUCGGAGAAAAUGGUAGUAGUUGUACUCCAGGGACAUUGUUAUUGACCGGGCCAAAUAUGGGUGGGAAGUCAACACUCUUGCGUGCAACUUGUCUGGCUGUUGUUCUGGCGCAGCUAGGUUGUUAUGUGCCUUGUGAAACAUGCACUCUAUCAGUUGUAGACAUCAUAUUUACUCGGCUUGGUGCAACAGAUCGAAUCAUGACUGGCGAGAGUACAUUCCUAAUUGAGUGCACAGAGACAGCAUCAGUUUUGCAAAAUGCUACUCAGAAUUCAGUCGUUAUUCUUGACGAAUUGGGUCGAGGGACUAGUACUUUCGAUGGAUAUGCUAUAGCUUAUGCUGUGUUUCGUCAUCUUGUUGAGUCAGUCAACUGCCGGUUGUUGUUUGCUACGCAUUAUCACCCUCUGACGAAGGAGUUUGCAGCCCAUCCUCGCGUAAAACUGCAACAUAUGGCAUGCUGUUUUGAUCAGGCUUCUAACACAUCAUCAGAAGUUGACCAAAAGCUGAUUUUUCUGUAUCGACUAGCCUCUGGAGCAUGCCCGCAGAGUUAUGGAAUGCAGAUAGCAGCGAUGGCUGGAAUUCCAAACUCAGUGAUUCAAGCAGCCUCAAAUGCUGGACAAGUCAUGAAAGAAAUUGUGGGGGAAAGCUUCAAGUCAAGUGAGCAGAGGGAGAAUUUCUCAACUUUGCAUGAGGACUGGCUGAAAUCAAUUCUAUCUAUUUCGAAGACAAAGGAAACUGAUUUUGACGAUGAUGCGUAUGAUUCCUUAUUUUGCCUGUGGCAUGAGCUGAAAAGUUCUUUCAAGAAGAUUAGGUGACAAGAAGGAGCACGUCUUUGGCCUGCGUCGUAAUUUACUCCUACUUUUGUGUUAUUCUGCACUCUCGAUCAUCACUUACUGAAUGAAUUCAAUUGUCGACUGUAUAUGUACAGAGGUCUUUCUUGUCUUUGGGUAAGCUGGUUGUAUAGGCUCUCAUAGAUGUUACCCUCUUGAAAAUAUGUUAUGUUAUGCAAUGUCUGUCUUUGAUUUGCAUGCA